GGGGAGAGCAGAGGUAGAAGGCAGAUUCAUCCUGUAGAGAUCGCUCCUCAGCCUCAGAGAGAAAAGCAGGGAUAUUUUAAAUAGAGAGAAAUACAGAGAAGGACAUACAGAUGUUUUAAGGAGAGAGAUCGAAAGAAUGACUAUUUAUGGUAGAGCUUGCCCUGAACACAUAGAAAAAAAGCUGACAGAACAUUCCCAGAUAAAAACAACACCGUAAAAAGAUCGAGGAGAGGUAAAGAGGCACAGCAGGAGAGUGAGGAAAGAUCGAGAGAUGCAUGCAGUCAAUGAUACUCAUCUGAUGGUAAUCUCCUGAGUGUGUACAGAGCCACCCCCAAUACACAUGUCGCCACAAUGUGACAGCAACUGUCUGACCACAGAGACCGCCACCUAGACAAUCCACAACACUAUAUAUUCCUACAGCACUGUAACCUGACAACAGUAGAUUCCUACACCGCUGUAACGUUGUAACAACACUGAGUCAAUCACCAUUAAAUUGCUGCCGCUGAAUCAACGUCUCUGAAUCAACUCCUAUAGAUCGACUCCUCUGAAUCAACUCCUCUCUGCUGUGAGGAUGCUGAGGGUGUCAAUGGUCCUACUGAAGAGGCAGCUGAUCCAGUGGGUGUGGGUGUCCAGUGCUCUAGUAGUCUAUUCCCUGCCAUGGCGGGUCUCCUGUCCGACAGGGUGUGUGUGUCAGAUGAAGCCCUGGUUCUCCCCCCAGUCAGUGUCCUGCGAGGCUUCUACUGUGGACUGUAACAACCUGUUCCUAACCCAACUCCCCUCUCCUCUGCCCCCAGACACACACACCCUCCGUCUGCAGAGUAACCUGCUGUCUGCCCUGGAGAUACCACUCUUACACACACUCCCCAACCUCACCGAGUUGGACCUGUCUCAGAACCGCUUCAGCUGUGUUAGAACCCUAACCUUAACCCAGCCCCAGGCUGCCUCCCUGCCCUCCCUACUCUCCUUGCACCUGGAGGAGAACCAGCUUUGGUUCCUGCCCCCUGCCUCCUUUUCCUCCCUGCCCGCCCUACAGGAGCUUUUCCUCAGCCACAACCGGCUGUUCUACCUGGCUCCUGGAGCAUUCUCCGGCCUGGGCUUACUGCUGCGCCUGCACCUCAACAACAACCACCUGACCUCAAUUGAGCCCCGCUGGUUCACUGCCCUGCCCCGCCUCCAGGUGCUGAUGCUGGGGGGAAACCCAGUGGAGGUCCUCCCUGACCGGGGCUUCCAGGACCUGGGGUCUCUACACAGCCUGGUACUGGGGGGCAUGGGGCUGAAGGGGCUGACUGAGAGGGCCCUGGAGGGGCUGGACAGUCUGGAGAGCCUCUCCUUCUAUGACAACCUCCUCACCACCGUCCCCACACAGGCUCUGAGGAGGAUCCCGGGCCUCAAGUUCCUGGACCUGAACAAGAACCCUCUGAGUGUGGUUCAGACAGGGGACUUCAGGGACCUGGUCCACCUGACAGAGCUGGGUCUGAACAACAUGGAGGAGCUGGUGGCCAUCGAGAGGGCAGCCAUGGAGAACCUGCCUGAGCUCACCAAGCUGGAGAUCACCAACAACCCCCGGCUGUCCUACAUCCACCCCCAGGCCUUCCUUCGGCUGGGCCGGCUAGAAAGUCUGAUGCUCAACUCCAACGCUCUGAGCGCUCUGCACCAACACACUGUCCUGUCCCUGCCCAGCCUGAGGGAGGUCAGCCUGUACUCCAACCCCCUCCGCUGUGACUGCCUGUUCCGUUGGGUGGCUAAGGAGCAACCUCACACAGAUACACAGAUGCCGCAGGCUGUGAGAUUCAUCCAGCCUCAGGCCACGUUGUGUUCUGAGCCUCCAGAGCUGAGGGCUCGUAGUGUGAGGGAGGUGUCAAUCACCGAGAUGUCAGCCUCCUGCCUACCCCUCAUCCCCCCUGGUAUCCUUCCUCACUACAUGGGGGUGAGAGAGGGGGAGAGGCUGACUCUGCACUGUCGCGCGCUGGCAGAGCCUCAGCCCACAAUCUAUUGGGUCACUCCUUCUGGAAUGAGAAUAGGACCAUCCGACCACACCCACAGCACCAAGCUUGCAUCCAGCCAGACAUCAUCUUACCAUUCCCCCUCACCCAGCCGAGCAUCUGGUAAUGCCUCAGUUCUCACCCCUUCCUCUCCCUCCUCCACUGCCUACCGGUUACUGCCAGAGGGGACAUUGGAGAUUGUCAUGGUGACGGCCCGGGAGGCGGGUCUGUACACCUGUGUGGCUGAGAAUACACUGGGGGCCGACACUCACAGUGUGACUGUUGGGGUGCAGGGGCAAGGGAGGGGGGGUUUGAGGCGCCGGAUGGGGAGAGGAUAGGAGUUGAAGGAGAGGGUUUUGAGGGAGGUCAGGGCAAGGGUUAAGACAGCAAGCAUGAUGAGAAGUACACACACAAAUAAGCCUAGCUAUAUAAAUAAUUGAUGAUAUAACAACACACACACUUCCUUGCAGUCCAACGUUUCCAAAUAUAACGUGUUAUAGGAUAGAUACGGCUACCGCUCUUGGCGGCGGUACUAUUGUAGGUGGGUGUGAAGCUCGAUCCGGGAACCACAUGUCCUGCCGCAGUUGGGACAUGUUGGUUCUGAAUCUGGAGCAGCUUGCGGGAAUGGUUUGGGAGCAAUGGGGCCUGUAAAUAGAACAUAUGACAGGGCAGUGGUGUACAAUCAGAUGUGUAUUUAUAUUACAGUAUAUAUGCAUACACAUUGACAUUGUUUGUGUUUGUAUAAAGAGAGACAAUCAAAUUGCAGUACUGCUUUCUAUCCCCAGAACCUAUCCACCUAACCCUAACCCAGCGAUUCAACUUCAGGAGAGGACUCUCACCCUCUGUACUCACACUAGGGCGCAGGCAUUUUCUAAACAGUGCCAUUUUAUGGUAGCCUAUCCUUGCUUUCUUAGAGGUUUUGUAAAUCAAAGUGUUCAAUGUGAGUAGCCCUUUCUCACUCCAUCCUUUCCCGUGGCUUUCUAUCACAUUACUUAAUUCUUCUAUCCAACUGCCUAUACAUACCUGCUUGUACAUAUCCAACUGCCUGUACAUACCAUGAACUAGUUUUCCUACCCAGUAUACCACUUCUCUUUCAAAGAUGAUUUAGAUGUAUUAAAUUCUAUUUUGAGCUAUUAUUAAAACAUUUUGGACUGA